AGUUACGGAAUUUUUAAAUAGAAAUCCAAUGCGCCCGCGAUUCUUGUUCUUGCACAUACCUGUCCAUAUAACUGUUGUAUGUUUGGUGAGGCCUAGCGCAAUUUCCCGUUCAUCUGUUGUACCAUGGCUGCCAAUUUCUGGACUUCAUCUCACAGCAAACAACUUCUGGACCCAGAAGAGGUAGAUGUUGUGCACCCACUGGAUAAGGAGAGGGGAAUCACUCUUGAAGAUUUCAAGCUCAUCAAGUUGCAUAUGGCGAAUUAUAUUACAAGAUUGGCUCAGAAUGUGAAGGUGCGGCAAAGGGUUGUUGCUACUGCCAUUGCAUACAUGAGGCGUGUUUUUGUCAGGAGAAGUAUGACGGAAUGCGAUCCUCGUCUGGUUGCUCCAACCUGCUUGUACUUGGCAUCAAAAGCUGAAGAAAGCACAGUGCAGGCAAGACUUCUUGUAUUUUACAUCAAGAAAUUAUAUUCUGAUGAGAAGUACCGAUAUGAAAUAAAAGAGAUACUAGAAAUGGAAAUGAAAGUCUUGGAAGCUCUCAAUUAUUACUUAAUCGUAUUCCAUCCUUAUCGGCAGCUUCCUUUGUUGCUCCAGGAUGCUGGCAUGCUUGAUGCAACACAACUAGCAUGGGGACUUGUUAAUGAUACUUACAAGAUGGAUUUGAUUCUCAUACAUCCUCCUCACUUGAUAUCAUUAGCCUGCAUAUACAUUGCAAGCGUCCAAAAAGAAAAGGAAAAUACUGCCUGGUUUGAAGAGCUUCGAGUUGAUAUGAAUGUGGUGAAGAACAUUGCAAUGGAGAUACUAGAUUUCUAUGACAGCCACAAGCUGAUCACUGAUGAAAGGGUGAAUGCAGCCAUGAACAAGCUAGCCAAAUGAUCACAGGCUUGUAUUAUCAGCAGCCUCCGGCCAUGAAGCGUGUAUGUACUAAACCUGAAAGAUUCAGUUACAUCUGUAGAACCAAACAAUGACUAUGCUGUAAGAGAUGAGGAGAAAGUAUAGUUAGUUGCUUGGAGUGAAGAUAGCAUUUUUCUUUACUAUUUUCCUCCUUAAAAUUCAAGGUUCAAACAUAGUCUUAAGUCAUGAUAAAUUGACGCUUUUGCCCUCCACUUAGUGGAGGUCAAUGGUCUAUCUUUGGGUUGUAUGGUCAUUGACCCUGGUUGGGGCUUCACCACCACCAUCGGAAAAAUUUGAUGUCGCCCAUAUAAAGUACAUAGAUAUUGUUAAA